CUUGGGUGUCGUGGAGUGCGCAUGUGUGACAGGAAGUAGCAGCGAGGAUGUUAAAUCACAACAAAAUCCUGCCAGGCAUAUUUUUGGCCAUCAUUCUUAGACUUGCAGCCACAGAAGAAGAAACGCCCUUGAGAAUAGUGCCGGCAACAACAGAUUACUUCGAGUCACACGUCCCACUUGCGUGGUCUGGUCAAUACUCAAGGCUCCCCCUUCAGGAGAGGGGUUCAGCCAUUCCUCUCAUACCUGAAGGCCACAGGAAGUUCCAGUUUUUUUUAUACGGCUCCUCUGGACAGCUGAUCCCCACAUGGCUCAGCCUGCAACAGAUACAAAAUAUUUUGUUAGCUGUUGACCCCAAGGAAGAACUCAACAAACUGACGGCUUUAACCUCUGGAAAUGACGGAGCCACAACCAUAACUCCUCGGCCAAAAGACACAGUCCAGGAUGUCAUUGCUUCAGUGCAGCAGGUUAUAUCCAGUGAAGUUGCGCAAAACCAGGACCCGCAGAUUGUUCCAACCACUCUUGCCGAUCCUUACGGGCAGUCCCUCAGCAUCCCAGAGGUAAUUUUACAGAACCUCAUGGUCCUCCAGCAGCACACAACGCCAUGGCAGUCGUCUGGUACAAUUCAGCCCAUGACUGACUCUGAGAUUCCACCAACUCUUGGACUGCUUGAACCUGUCAAUACCGAGACCACAACUCCAGAAAGUGUCACUGACACAUUGUUUGUAAACGGAGGCUCUGAGACAACUAUUGGUACCAGUUCAACAUUGCUCGAUCCAGCUGACAAAAUUCCUCCUGCUCUGAGGCCAUUAAUAGAUCGAUGGAACAGUCGGUUUCCUUCUUGGGAUCCUUCAAACCCUGAUAAUGAAAUAUUUGCAGACUCAGAUAAGAACAGUACGAUAGAAACCACAGACGAUUAUCAUGCAUUGCCACCAAGCUUAUCUGAAACUAUCAUUCCGAUGGACAAUGAGAUCCAUGAUGAAGGUAUGGGAACUACCAUAGGUGGUAACCUCAAAUUAACAUCUCAUAUGGAAGGAGUCAAAGACACUACUGAAACUUCUUUAGCUCCAGGCGUAGGCAUCACAAUGAGCUACAGUGAUAGCACCAGUCAGCCCCCUAAUGCCUCCGGCAGUGGUGCAGAAUUGCACCAAACCACUAAUGAAAUCAUAGACGAAUUUUAUCAUACAACUUUAAGUGUUAUGCAGGACGACACAGUGAUGAACAAGAAUGAUGCAGAGAAAGUGAAUUCACUAAUCUUAUCCAUGAAUAACGAAGAGUCCAUACUGAAUUCUACCCAGGGUCCCAUGUUAGAGGACACUACUCCAAUUUCACACCUUCAGUCAGCAAUAAUAAACAUGGCGACAAACUUGAUAGAGCCAAGUUCUCAAACAACCAUCAGUGAUAAUCAGCAAAUAAAAGAUACAGCUGAGUCCAUAAUAUCACAAUUAAAUAAAGACAUGGCAGACCGAGAUGAUGUUUCUGUACCUGGUGAAAUGGCAAGUUCACCAACAGCGCCAUACAAUGAAGAUAAUUUAUCUCCAUUGUUGAUUCGAGACCCUCUCCUUCCUCUGACUGUUUAUGACAUUCAGCUAAUACCAGAUCCACCUACCACAGUUGCUCCACCAACAGAAAAACCUGAAAGCCCUUAUGACACUCCCACGACUUUCCUGACUGUGAUUGAUCCCUCAGAAUAUACAACACAUAGCAUGAAUGCUGACGUUGAGGUCAGCUCAGAACGACCUUCUUCAUUACUUGAUGUUCUUCAGGACCAAGGUGACAUUUCAAGCAAUGACGACGAUGACAUGAAACCUCAUUAUGAAUUUCCUGUGAAAGAAGAGGAUAUGCAAGCAAACUUCCAUCUAGAAGCGAUUCCAUCAACUCACACGGAGGAGACAAACAUACAUACCACCAUUCAAGCUAUUAUCAAUGAAAUGAUGAAUAAACUUGAGGUCACGACUCAAUACAGCACAGAAAGUAAUGUUGGCUUGCCUGGUGACUUAGGUAUCGAAGCAGAUGACCACCAUAUAGAUAACUAUAUUACUAGUUCUGAGACCCUGAGCGCCACAACAACACGGGGUUACAAUAGUGAAAAGAACAAGCAGACUCCGGGGCAUUCAGAAGAGUUACUAGAACCCAGUACAGAAACCCCAGCUAUGGUAUUUGUUCCCGUAACACAGGGUACGACUAUCGAAGCACAAACAUUUAUGCAUACGAGUGCCUCAUCCCCUACUCCCCAGACUAUUCUGGAAAAUCACAACACAAACUACGCUUUGAAACAAGGACCGACUGUGACUGAGGCAGCUCCACAAACCCCAGCAAGGGAAACACCUGUUGCGCCAACACUGCAAGCUCAAGAGCUCCCAAGACCGUCACCUUUCCCAGAGUAUAAUUACUACCACUACGAUGAGGUUGAUAGGCAUGAAAAUGUUCUUCGUCCAGCGCAGCUCGUACACAAAGAUCAGAGCAGGAUAGACCUUGCGGCCCUCCAGGGUGAUGGAAAUUACACAGAUGGAGAGUAUUUUUACGAUUACCUUGACCAGCCGGUAUACCUCGAUGAUGUGCCAAAGGAAUAUUAUGACUACAACGUUAACAAGGAAGAUCAGCCUCCACUGAACGUCACAGGAGACCUGGAGUUCCCAGGACCCAAUGCAACUAGCCCCUACCACGACCAUCACCAUGAUGAGCAUCACCAUCAUGACGAACAUCAUCACGGUGAACAUCACCACGGUGAUCACCAUCACGGAGAUCACCACCACCACGAUCACCACAAAGACCCCUCAAGCACCGGAGAUGCAGCUCAGCUGCUGGAGGCUCCUGAUGGGAACCCAGGACUGGAGGCCACAGUGGAGAAUCUCGACCCAGACGUCCGCAGAUUUGUCGAUGUCAUGAAUGACAUCACUUUUAAGGUGUACAAACAAGCAGCCAGGCAGUACAAGAGGAAGAACUUCGUCAUGUCACCCUUGAGCCUGAUUUCGACCUUGAAUAUCCUUCUCCUUGGAGCCCGAGGUUCUACUUCAGCGGCUCUGAGCGACCUGUUACUCAUCGACGAGUUUUACUCCUUCAACCCGCACCUCAUCCUCAAGAACGUCACUGAGGCCGUCCUCGAGAUGUCAGACGUGCACGACGUCGCCUUCUUCAAGCAGUUCCUCGUCGAGAAGGCUGCCAACCCAUACCCUAUGGACUUCUUCUCGCGGACCAUCGACUACUUCUACGGUGCCAACAUUACGGAAAUGGAGCCGAAAGCCUUCGAUAAGGAAAUCAGAGAGAUCAUGAAUGGAGUGGUGUCCAAAGCGACCGGAGGCUCUGUGUUAGAUUUCAUAUCAGAACCUCUGGGUUUGACGGCCCCAUUGAGUGUCGUGUCGACGAAUUUCUUCCACGGCCGCUGGAGCUCCGCCGUGACUGAGGCAGAUCUGUUCGACAUGAAUUUCAUCAGAUUCCCGACGGCCGAAAGGCGCCUUAUUCGAACCGAUGGACUCAAGAAGAAGAUGACUGUCAACGCCGGUUAUUCGAAGGAAGUUGGUGUCACCUGCGCUGAGAUCCCGUACUACUCCCCAUCAGGAGAACUGUCCUUGGUGCUGGUGAUGCCUGGGGAACAGAAGAACUUUGUCGCAAAUGGAUUGGCUCAGGUGGAAUCUGUGAUAUCUUCUAGUAAGUGGAGCCAAAUUUUGAGGUCAAUGUUGCCCAACACAGUCCUGUUUAAGAUGCCUGUGUUCCGACACCGUUCCUUCCAUAAUUUCUCUGGGAUAUUGAACAGCUUCGGACUUGAAGAACUAUUCAAGGACACUGAGGCAGACUUUUCAGGCAUCAACACAGUCAAGACCUUGCACCUAAGGGACGUCGUCCAACUGACGGAGUUCCAGUCGUGCCAAGUAGAGGAGACCCGCCCUACGUACUCCGUAGCUUCCAGGAGUAAGAGAUCCUCUGGAAAUGGUUUCUGGGGAGGAGGUUUGGGCGAGGGUCAAGACAUCAGCCCUACGUCUUAUCAAGUCCCUACCUACAUCUACGGACUCCCGAUGACAGACUACCUUCGGAAGGACCUAGGAAGGAAGGCGGAUCAGGAAAAGGACCGCUGGAGGGAAAAUGUUCAUCAGAACUCCCCGUCAGUCAGUAAGAACGUGAAUGAGGAACCUCUAACAGUUACGCCGUUUGGGGGAUUGAAUGAAAGAAGCAGCCUGCCUGUGUCUAUCCCAGCUGGGGGUAAGAGGAGCUCAUUCAGAAAAGUAGACAGUGAGGAACAUAUCACCAACUUUGAAGUGGGUUCACCUUCGUUGAUGUCAGGAGACGCCCCUGAUAAGAACGAGAAAGUGUUCUCUUCUGCAGAUAGUAUCGAUAGUACCCAGCACCAUGGUGACGUCGAUGAGGUACGGCCCUUGGCUUCAGACGUCAGGUACAAUCGAAUGGGUCUUCCAUACGACGAUUCCAUGGAAGGCAACUCUGAUAGACACAGAGAAUCGCCUGCUUCAUACGGUGCCUACUACAGGCAGAAUAAUGACGGGGUGCUGGCUUUCGAUCGAGCCUUCAUGUACGCCGUCAGACACAACCCAACGGGUCUGCUACUCUACGUCGGAAGGUACCUUGAUCCAGAAGGGAACUGAGGCAUAAAUUAGAGAUAAAAAAAAAAGGACUUGCAUUGAAAUUCUGACGCGAUCUGAAUGCUGUGAGCCCGGUGAAAAGGUUGCUGUUCAUUUCAAAGGUGGAAAAAUCUUUGAAAAGAAAAUCAUGUGUAAAUAUGAAUGAAGAUAAUUUUCCCUACAUUUAUCGUAGAACCUCGAGUUCAGAAGUGGAUCAACUUUAUGCACUUUCUCCAGCCUGUUUCCUUGAAAACAAAUGAGGCAUUACUUAGAUUGUGAUAAAACGUGUCGUUGCUUUGUAGUUUUACUUUCAUAAUUUAUCUUUAACCGUGGAGUAGAUGAUUAGCUUAUUUUUUUAAUUUAUAAUUUUAUUAUUUGUUCUUGUUUUAUUUAUUAAUUUGUUUACCUAAUAUAUCAUACUGUAAAUUAAUUAUAUGAAGAAUGAGUUCAACUCUGCACUCAAGAUUUGUUGAGACUAUUUUUUCAAAGUGGCAUUUAAGACGUUCCUUUGCUAUUUAUAAACAGUCCUUAGAUUCACGGUCUAUUUUAAGUUUCUGAACUGUAAAUAAACCUUUUAAGUUUAAGAAACAUACCUUAUUGUAGUUGUAGUCAUUUUUAUCAAAGUACCUGUCGUUUUUGUUUUUGUUGCAAUGUGUUUUUUAUUGUAAUUUUGUAUAUUGCUGUUGCUUUGUUACCCAUAAAAAUAUAAUUGGAA